GCCAGACAAGAAGACUCAUUCGAGUCUAUCCUUCUCUUAUGGACACUUGCGUUCUCCACCCGCCAACCAACCGCGUCCUUAGCGAUGCAGUGAUCGGUGGAGUGGCGCAGCGCUCUAAAAGGAACAAUACACGUAGUGGGGAACCACUGCAUUGGUCUCGGUAUUCCGGGCACGAGGCGAUGAAACAAAACGCCCCUCCAUCUGUGCGAUACGACGGCAUAUCGGCCACCCAACCGUUGCCCGUGGACCGGAAAAGGAAACGUCAGGAGCCCAUUAGUCCCACUACCUCCAAGCUCAUGCUACUGGCCGAGUCCAGCAGCGAGAUCUCCUCCCACGACUCCCUAGCCGAAUUCGUCAAACAGGACUGGUUCAUCGAACAACAGAACCAGCUUCGAGAGAUCCGUCGGGUCCGUCAGAUCCGAUACCGAAAGAAACAGCAGGACAAUAUGGAGACUAUGGAGGAGAACAACCGCCACCUCCAGCAAGAAAUCGACAAGCUCGAAGAACGACGUAAAGCGGUCGCUGCUGCCGUGCCGUCUGAAAAGACGCUGUGGAACGUGGCAGUCGAGUACUUCCGUCUGUUCCGGUACGGUCUACGCGCCUCCGACUUGUCUGAUAGGUCGCGUGAGUCCACUGCCAGUGCUCAACUCGAUUUCUUGCGCUCUACGAUGGCUCCCGACGUCAUGUACAACGCUGGACGAGGAGUCGAGGCGAUUAUGAGGAACUGGACCUACUUCUCUUUGUGGUUUCAAGACGUCGAGGUAGAGCUCGAUAGCUUACAGAAGAGUGGGACCGAGUCGCUUAUCGCUCGAACUACCACCACGUUUACCAUAACACAGCAUACUUUAGUUAAGGUAUUCCCGCACCUGUGCGGUAAAGACGCUGAUGCGACAGGACGUCUGCUUGCGUCCAAGCUUCUGGGCCAGUCCAUCGCUAUUCAAGGCUCGACGCGUUUUGAUUGGGAUAGCGGAUACGGUCGCGUGGCAAGCGUCAUCAGCGAGUCAGAUAUGCUGACACCGAUGCUGCAAGUUCUAGGGAGAUUGGAGUUCGUGUCUCGGGUGUUUGAGAAGUCUCUGAUUUCUCUGACGCCAUACCGUGGGCAGUCAGAAACGUCGUGUAGAAAGUAG